AUGAGCACCAUCUACCGCGAUGUGGCGAUGGUUCUCGAGAGCUUCCAUCAGAAAAAAGGGAGCGUGAAGAGUCUCGUCUUUCAUAAGGACGUCAAGCAGAAGGAAUCCGUGUUUGCCCUCGUCUGCAAGACCCUCAAGUUCAAGUCCGUCCUCGAGCAGCUCGUCGCCAGCGCCAAGAUCUUCGACGAGCAGCGCCAGUUGGAGAAGCAAAAGUGGCUGGUGUACGUGAUGGUCUACGACAUGAUCCUGGCCGACGGCAUCAAGGGCAGCGGCCACUUCAAGAAGCUCCUCCUCAAAUACAAGAACCCUCUCGUCCAGGCCCUCGUGCGCAUGAAAGUCAGGGCAAAGGCGGUAGACAAUGAAGGUUUGUUGCCGGAGGAGGUGCGGAAUCCGCUGGUGCUGCCGCGCUACGUGCGGGUGAACACGCUCAAGGCGGAGGUGGCCGACAUCCUGCCCCAGCUGCCCCAGCUUCUAUCGACCAACAGCGGCGGCGGAGAUGACUCAAACGAACAAAGAAGCGCCGCCCACCAGCCCACCAAGCGAAGGCGGGCCAAGCGCGAAGAAAACGAAAACGAAAACGAAGAACAAAACAGCGAGAAGAACGAAAGCGAAGCCAAGGCUGCGGAGAAGAAUAAGAAGAAGAGCGAGAGUGAAGCUGCCGAGGAGAUCAAGGUCGAUGAACACUUGGCUGAUCUCCUGGUCCUGCCGCCGACGGUCAAAAUGAACGGCCGGCACCCGCUGGUGCAGGACGGCACGCUUGUCCUGCAAGACAAGGCCAGUUGCUUUUCGGCCCACGCGCUGUCGCCGCCGGAACACGCCCACGUCAUCGACUGCUGUGCGGCGCCCGGAAACAAAACCAGCCAUCUGGCGGCGCUGAUGAAGAACACGGGCAAGAUCUUCGCCUUCGACAUGGACCUCUACCGCCUCAACACCCUCAAGCGGCUCACCGCCCGCGCCGGAGCCACCAACAUUACUGCUGUAUGCAGCGACUUCCUCAAGGUCAACCCGCACGACCCGCAAUACGCCAACGUGGAGUACUUCAUGGCCGACCCGUCGUGCUCCGGUUCGGGCAUCGUCACGCGCUACGACGUCGCCUUCACCACCGCGCCGGAUGAGGACGAGUGGGUGGACCUUGGCGACGACGACGAGAAGAAGAAGCGGCUCGCCGGGUUGGCCGCCUUCCAGACCUCCAUCAUCACCCACUGCCUCAAGUUCCCACGAGUGAAGAAGGUGGUGUACUCGACGUGUUCGGUGCACGAGGAGGAAAACGAGCGCGUGUGGCCGCGCCGCGGCCGCCCGCUCUUCCCCGGCGCCGACAACUGCCUGCGCACCCUGCCCGUCGAGGACAAGACCAUCGGCUUCUUCGUCGCCUGCUUCGAGAUCGCCUCGUCAUCGGCCGGCACCACCGGAAAGCGAAAGCGACUGGACGAGGACGACGACAACGACGACAAGGUUGCGUCGUCUACCUCAUCAUCAUCGACAUCGUUAACAACGUCUUCAGCUUCGACGGCGACGACGACGGCGAGUGGUGGCUCUGAAGAAAAGAAGAAGAAAAAGAAGAGGAGGAAGAGGAAGAACAAGAACAAGACUGUCGGCGUAGCAGUACCAGCAUCAUCGUCGUCCUCGUAG